ACUCGGUCUCGAUGCCAACCAGGCGCAGAGUCUGGAGCUUGUUAACAUCACCGACACGUUGCUAAGCGACAUCUGCCUCCAGACGGCGCUGGUUCCGCCCUGCAUUCCCGGUCGCUACCGCGAGCCGACUGGUUACUGUAAUAACAUCCUCAACCCUCGCUGGGGAACCUCACACGUCGCGCUGCGGCGCAUGGUCGCCAACGCAUACGAGAACGGUUUGGACAUCAUGAGAUUUACGAGCAUUGACGAUAGUCUGCUUCCCUCGCCUCGUCUCAUCUCGACCAGCCUGCAUCCCAGCACGAGCGAUCUCCACUCUAAGAUCUCGCUCAUGGUCAUGCAGUGGGGUCAGUUCAUUGACCACGACAUUGGUCUUACGCCGUUCACCACCGGUGCUGAGAACGAGCCGCUGGAUUGCUGCAUGACCGGAUCGGGAAUCCAUCCCGCCUGCAGACCGAUCCGGGUUCCCAUCGACGACCAGUUCUACAAGCAACACAACGAGUUCUGCAUCAACUUCGCUCGCUCCAUCGCUGCCCCUAGACCUGGAUGUGGCUUCGGUGCCAGACAGCAACUGAAUCAGCAAACUGCGUUUAUUGAUGGAUCGAUGAUCUAUGGAAACAUAGACAGCUUAGCUGAGAGCUUACGCACGGGGCAGAGAG